UGAUUUCAGGAUCUCCAACAAAAGAGGGACUGACCACUCCAGCAACAGGACAUUCAUCUACAGUAUCUGUAAAAUCUUCUGGAACUACAAUGAAAAGGGAACUGACGACUGCAGGAAAAGGACAUUCUUCUACAGUACCUGUGCAAUCUUCAGGAUCAACAACAAAAAGGGAACCAACCAAUCCACCUGCAGAACAUGCAUCUACAAUGUCUGUAAUAUCCUCCAGAUCGUCAACUAAAAUGGGACUGACCACUCCAGCAAAAGGACAAACAUCUGCAAUUUUUAUUCCCACUUCUAAGACUACAACUACUGCAGAGCAGACCACAACAUCCGAAGGACAAACUUCUGGAGUACCUGUAUCUGGUCUUGUUGUAACACCAACUGAAAAUUCAGAACUGUCCACUCCAGCCGCAGGAGUUUUGUCUACAGAAUCUGUAACAUCUGGAUCAACAGGAAAAGGUGAACUGACCACUCCAGCCGCAGGAGUUUUGUCUACAGAAUCUGUAACAUCUGGAUCGACAGGAAAAGGUGAACUGACCACUCCAGGUGCAGGAGUUUUGUCUACAGAAGCUUUAGUAUCUGGAUCGACAGGAAAAGGUAAACUGACC